UUCAUUUGAGCUAAACGCCAAGGUCUACAGCUUGUGUCAACCUGUCAAAGUGUAAUUUGCAACGGACGUCAUGUGAUCAUUAAACCCGUUUAGAAAAGGAAAGAUUACCGUGCAUCUAGGAGAGUGUUUGCGCACACUGGGCAGUGUGCUUGUUAAAGAGGCUCGGCAAUAAGCGUCUGCUAUUGACGUCGAGACAAAAUAUUGUUUGUGGACAUCGGAGUCAAAUUGGUUGAGCUGAAAUGCGCUCAGCACCUUGGAGAGCUCUCGCGCGUAGUGAAUCACUCGGCCACUCAUUCUGAUGCGUACAGAUCAGCAGUGCCACUGUCAAUUUAGUGGAAAUCAAUUUAGUGGAAAUCAAUUUAGUGGAAAUCACGCUAUGACGAAUUUCACUGUGCUGUUUCUGCUGAUGUGUUGUGUUCUAUGUGUGCACUUUCUGUCUGUCGGAGUAGAGGCAAGAUUACCGGACGUUCCGUCGUUGGAAACACGAGACUCACGCAAGCAUAAACAGUUGGGUGUCCCUGUCCAUGAUAGGGGACAGCUUCAGAGGGAAAUAUCUUCCUCAGUUUUGAGAAACAAGUUCAACCGCCUUCCGGGAGUAUGUCAACGUCUACGCAGAAGGAGAAUCACAAUUCUGUGCAAUUCCAACGUGGGCAAGUACUGUUCGGUCAAAGAUGGAGCUCAACAUGGCCAUAUUUGCCGCUGUCCAAGAGCAUCAAAGUGUAAAUACUUCUUUCUGAGGAGUCUGUAGAGUUCAAUCUAGAUUGUCUUUGUCUGUUGUGCUGUUUGUCUCCCGUCAAACUGUUUUGACAACUAAAUAAAUGCACAUUUUCAAGAGAAAAAUAAGGAACACUUUCCCAGUACAUCACAAAUGGUGUCUUUUGACGCAAAUACAAGUCCAAGUUGACUCUGGGAAUCUUCUUUUUCAUAUUUUAUGUUCAACUUGUAUCUCACAUCCCUGAAAAGUUUGCUUAUUUAAGGUAACACUUACCACGCAUCAUUACACAUCAUAACCAUGCCAUAACAGCCUGUCAUAAUAGGGUCAUAAAACUGUCAUGAGACCUUUUUGGUCCUGUUGUGACAUAUUGCAUUACUUUGACUGGUUAUGACACCAACAUAAGUGUCAAAUCCCACAAAAAAAACCUACCACGGUAGUUACUUUAUGGCUGGUUAUGACACCUACAUAAGUUUCAAAACCCACAAAACAUACCAUUACACCAUAGCCUACUUGUCAACAGUAUGUUUAGAACAUUUUCUGAAAUUUACCAUAUUAAAUAAUCAUUGUAAUUGCACACACAUUGAUGUCAGACAUGCACCUACCCCAAUGCUCUGUUGCUGAUGCUGGGAUGAAUGCAGGAGCAGAUAUCAGGAGCAGGACAAGACACUUUUUUUUGGACUGAUGAUUGACAUAAGGGCAUGUACGUGAGAGGCCAAUCUGGCUUACAGCGGUGGUAAGAACUUUAAAGUAUUUUUACUUAAGUACCACGUAAGCUGUUUUUCUUUUUUGGGGGGGGGGUCUGUAAAUUACUAGUUCUACUUUCACUCCACUACAUUCCUAAAGAAAGUAUGUACUUUUUACUCCCAUACAUUUGACCGGACACCAAAAAGUAGUCAUUACAUUUUGAAUGCUCAGGCAGGAGAGACUUAUGAUCCAAUUCACACACACACACCUAUCAAUAUAACACAUACCUGCAGCCUCUGAUCUGGCGGACUCACGAAACACAAAUACUACAUUCGUAAAUGGGUGUUGAAAUGUGACGGUCUGUCACAUAAAAAGGGAGGGAUUGUGCCAUUAGCGUAAUAUGAGGAAUCUGAUGUAUAGCUUUUACUUUAUAUAUUUUCUUAGUCCAAGUAAAGUCACACAGGAUGGUCAUAAUGCUUCAAGACAGUGUCAUAAAGUGUAUUAUCUGCAAGUUAUGUCAUAUGGAAGAAAAAAAACACGACUAAAGAAUUCAUUACAACGAAAACAAAGGACUUAAGAAACAAACGAAAUAAAUUCUUGGCGGGGAAAGAAAAACAUUUGAAUAAAUGUGGGUUGACACGUGUCAUAACCAGCCAUGCAAUAUGUCAGGCGUAAAUGUAUGCGUCAGGACAGUGUUAUGACCAUAUAACAGAUAUCAACUGUUAUGACCAUGUCAUGGCCCUGGGUGUGAAGUGUUACCCUAUUUAAUUACAACAAAAACACAGAUUAACUGUUGUCCGAUUUUCCAUUUAUUCUUGCAGAAUUCUCAACUCUUUGAGAGCUGCUGAGGCUGGAAAACACAUGUCACAUAAUUCCUAAAAAUACAUUAUUUACAGUUGAAAUGUAAAACCUGGAUAAAAUCAUGAAAAUACUGGCAAUCACUGAGCUCAGAGACCAAUGUUACUAGGAGCCUACUAGGGGAGUCGAAAAAAGUGAAUCUCCAUCAGCGGAAAUGCAACUAAGUUUUUAAAUGAAUGAAAACAGAAAGAAAUAUGUGCAGUGUGUUUGUGUGUAUUGGAUAAUGCUAUACUCUUAUGAAAAAGUAGUCAAAGGUCAGUGUUUGUGUUUAGAACCAUGCCUGGAAUCUCCAAACACACAAGAUUUCACCUUUCACAACCUAGUGAUUAUAGACUUUUGGCAGAACACCAAUACUGAAUCUUGGAAACAUGAAUCCCAUGGAGUUGAAAAACAGCACUGCAGCAUGAAACUCAUACAACAGUACACAGUAACACUCAUCCCCCUAUAAGACAGAUUCUAGAUCCACUUGAGUCACAGACCUCGUUAUUAGGCCAUGUUUCCAAGUCAGACAGGGCAUUUGACACUAGAUGAGAUUAUUGGUUCUCUCAGAGAACAGAAACAUGUGCCAGAAACAUCUCUGGCAUUUGUCAGACAAUUCUGUAUAUUCAACACAGGUUUCAGUCCACUUUAUAACCCCCCCCCCCCCACCCAAAAAGACAUCAAAGAAAUGUAUGUGGCUUGAACUAAUCCAUCAGUUGUCUGCUACUUAGAAUGCAGUCAGUUCCCGUUCAUCACUUUGUCCAGAUCAAAGUACUGCAAGUUGCCUGCUCAGAAGAGCCAUUCAUUCCAUCGACAAAACGCCAGACACUGUUCACUGUCAAUCUUUGUGCUUUGGCGGGUUAAAAUUAGAGCUGGAGUUUCACUGUCAAUCUUGAUUUUAUAAGCUUGUUACUGUCAGGCCUAAUUUCAACAACAACCCCCCCCC